GCAGUGGGUAAAGAGAUGAAGACGGCCUACGACAAGUUGAUCACUAUCGAUUGGACCGACGCCUACGACAUUACCAGACCCCCCGAGGCCAAGGAGUUCAAAAAAGUCCUCACCGAUCGGCUGAAGGACAUCAGCGCAGCUAAGAAGAUUAUCGACAAGUGCAGCACCAAGCUCGGCACCAUCCCUCAGGAGGCGAGCGAGGUCGCGCAGGACGCCUUGGAUGAGGUGGGCCAGAUCGCCAGCCUCAUCGCUGCGAUGACCGACGUCUGCAAGCAGUGCGCCGGCGAGGUGACUGACGAGAACAACCUGAAAGACAAUCUGGCCAUCAUGACCCAGCGCAGUGUGAAGGUCGGCCGCUCGUUCUGGCACAAGCUGCUGAAGAGUCAAUGCCACUCGGCCGUGGCGUUCCACGACUACCCGAAGUUCGCGCUCGCCGUGUCGAAUUGCAGCGAUGCCGUCAAGGCGCUGGUGGGCACCACGUCCGAAACGGAGGCGGAAAACAUCGUCCUCGCGUUGAUUGAGCAGCAGUUCCAACACUUCUUGAAGUUGAUGCCACUCAAUGAGAUCACGAAGCCAGGUUUGACGAGGGGUCGAUGCAAAGCUUUCUUGGCCUCCCUGAACACCGAGGAGACCGUGGGCCACAAGCACCUCAAGGGGCAGCUGUCUCUGAUAUUGCACGUACUUGCUCCCAAGGAGUCGGACAGGGCUGCCCUUGCGUCGGCGCUCGAAGAGUUCGAGCAGCACCAAGAUGAUGACGACGGCCUCCCCAUGAUUCUUGCCAUGAAGAAGCUGGAGAAGGGAGCCCUCAUGAUUGCGAAUGCUCUGGAAGUGCUCGAGGGGCGGCAGUCCGAGGUUCAGGCCGACAAGCUUCUGACCUCUGCGCACGCCGCCGUCGCCGAGGUGAAGGCUUGCUUCGACACGGAGCUCGACGGCGCCGCUUUCAAGAGCUCGAUCGGGAAGGCGCUUUCAUGCAUGGGAGCUCUCAGAUCAGGCAAGCUGUCCAAGCACCAGAAGGCGACCUUGGCGGAGCUGCACGCCAAGAUCGACACGAUGAUCAUCGAUGCAAUGAACAAGUUCAUGGAGCGCUUGGUCGGGGACGUCCUCGAGCCACGGGAUGGCGCAGCUGCCGUCGCAGCUUUGGAGGCUUUCUCGUUCAAGUCCUACCUCCCGGAGUCUACGGCGUUGGUGGGCGACCGCGUGUGGGCCCAUUCUUCCAAGGUGUCGCCGUUGCUCUCGGCAUUGGCCCACAUGGCCAAGAUUCAAGGCGCUUCGGGUGAUCGUAUGUUCGAUGCCACUUUCAUGUCGAAGGCUACUGCAAUUUCGGAGCUGAUCGCAAAUGAGAAGGUUGGCUUCAAUGACGGGAUCAUGUCUAAGCUGGCCGUUCUGGAGAAGGAGGUCGCGAUUGUCCAGCGUGAGGCCUUCAUCACCAUCGCGACCCGCGCGUCCACGUCGCUCGCCACCAUGGUCUCCGGCAAGCGCGACCUCACGGAGGAGGAGAGGGGCCCGAUCAUUGCGGACAUUGCCGACAUGAAGAUUCUGCUCGACCUGCCCUUGCUAGAC